AAUAACUCUGUGGGAGAGAUGCAACACUAUCUUGUUAUAUCAUUUUACACCAAUUCAUUAUCAUUGUUAUUAUCAUUAGACCAAUCAUAUCGCUGGGUAAGAACGAAAAGUCCUGAACAUUGUGGAUCUGUAACAUGCAGUCUUUGUCACGACCAGCUUCUCAGACCACAAGUUAUGAAGCCACAUUAACAUUAAUCAUUAUACUGCGGACCAACAGCAGAACAACUCAGUGGAAGUGAUGAAACCCUGUCUUGUUGUAUCAGCAUAGCAAAUCACUUUACACUGAUUCACUAUCAUUAUUACUAUCAUUAGACCAAUCAGAUUGCUGUGGAAAUAAUAGGCCUUAACAUUUUGAAUCUUUAACAUGCAGUCCAUCACAACCAGCUUUUCCGACCACAAGUAAUGAACCCACAAAAUAUCAUGAAGUUGAUCAUUUAACAGGAAAUAUUGACCUGGUUUCACUGAUCACCAUCCACUAACUGAUGUCAUCUGUUGUUUUCUCAUUUAGGAUCUGAUGCUGUCGAUUGCCAACAUAAAAUGAAGUCUCAUUUGAAGAAGAAGUUCAGGUGUGUGUUUGAGGGAAUCGCUAUAGCAGGACAGCGAACAGAUCUGAACGACUUCUACACAGAGAUCUUCAUCGCAGAGGGAGGCAGUGGAGAGGUAAACAAGGAACAUGAGGUCAGACUGAUUGAAACAGCUUCCAGGAAACCAGCCAAGGAAGAAACACCAAUCAGAUGUGAAGACAUCUUUAAACCCUUACCUGGACGCGAUCAACCAAUAAGAACAAUGAUGACAACUGGAGUGGCCGGCAUUGGUAAAACCGUCUUAACACACACGUUCACUCUGGACUGGGCUGAAGGCAAAACCAACCAGGACAUACACUUCACAUUUCUCCUCACUUUCAGAGAUCUGAAUUUACUGAAAGGGAAAGAGUUUAGCUUGGUUGAACUUCUUCAUCACCUUUUUAUUGACACCAAAGAAGCAGGAAUCUGCCGAUUCGACCAGUUCCAAGUUGUCUUCAUCUUGGAUGGUCUGGAUGAGUGUCGACUUCCUCUGGACUUCCAGAGAAACCCGAUCUGGACUGAUGUCACAAAGUCCACCUCGGUGGACGUGCUGCUGACCAACCUUAUCAGGGGCGACCUGCUUCCCUCUGCUCGCAUUUGGAUAACCACACGCCCUGCGGCAGCCAAUCAGAUCCCUGCUGAGUGUGUUGACAUGGUGACAGAGGUGAGGGGGUUCACCGACCAACAGAAGGAGGAGUACUUCAGGAAGAGAUUCAGAGAGGAGACGCUGGCCAGCACAAUCAUCUCCCACGUCAAGAAAUCACGAAGCCUCCACAUCAUGUGUCACAUCCCAGUCUUCUGUUGGAUCACUGCUUCAGUUCUGGAGGACAUCUUCAAAAAAUCCCAGAUCGAAGAGAUGCCCAAGACCGUGACUCAGAUGUACAGCCACUUCCUGAGGGUUCAGUCCAUACAGGGGGACAGGAAGUACCAUGGGAGGGCUGAAACAGAUCCAGACUGGAGUUCAGAGAGCAGGGCGAUCGUUGUUUCUCUUGGAAAACUUGCUUUUAACCAGCUGGAGAGUGGCAACCUGAUCUUCUAUGAGGCAGAUAUGGCAGAGUGUGACAUCAAUAUCAGAGCAACCUCAGUGUACUCAGGAGUGUUCACCCAGAUCUUUAAAGAGGAGUGUGGGCUGUACCAGGACAAGGUGUUCUGCUUUGUCCAUCUGAGCAUCCAGGAGUUUCUGGCUGCCCUUUAUGUCUUUCAGUCCUUCAUCGAUACUGGUGUCAAUCUGCUCUCAGAAGAACCACCAACCUCCAGGAAAGAUAAACUCCUCUACCAGAGUGCUGUGGACAAGGCUUUACAGAGUGAGAACGGACACCUGGACUUGUUCCUCCGCUUCCUCCUGGGCCUCUCUCUGGAGACCAAUCAGAUUGUCCUACGGGGUCUGCUGGGACAGAAAAAAAGAUCACUGACCACUCAGAUUAAAACAGGUCUGCUUCGACUGAAAGGAAGUAGCUCACAGACCAAUAAGGGAACAGUGUCUUACAUCAAGAAGAAGAUAAAAGGAGACCUAUCUCCAGAGAGAAGCAUCAAUCUGUUCCACUGUCUGAAUGAGCUGAACGACUGUUCUCUAGUGAAUGAUAUCCAACAGUAUCUGACUGUCUCUCCGGAAAACCUCUCUCCCCUGCUCAGUGGUCAGCUCUGGUCUUCAUCUUACUGACAUCAGAAGAGGAGCUGGACGUGUUUGACCUGAAGAAAUACUCUGCUUCAGAGGAGGGUCUUCUGAGGCUGCUGCCAGUGGUCAAAGCCUCCAAAACAUCUCUGCUGAAUGGCUGUCAUCUGUCAGAGAGAUGCUGUGAAGCUCUGGCCUCAGUUCUCAGCUCCAACUCCUCUAGUCUGAGAGAGCUGGACCUGAGUACCAAUGAUCUGAAGGAUUCAGGAGUGAAGCUGCUCUCUGCUGGACUGGGGAGUCCACACUGUACACUGGAAACUCUCAGCUUGUCUGGCUGCCUGGUCACACAGGAAGGGUGUGCUUCUCUGGCCUCAGCUCUGAGCUCCAACCCCUCCAAUCUGAGAGAGCUGGACCUGAGCUACAAUCACCCAGGAGACUCUGGAGCUGCGCUGCUCUCUGCUGGACUGGAGGAUCCACGCUGGAGACUGGACACUCUCAGGUAUGGAGAGGACAGCUCACCACUCAGGGACAAAGUCUCCUACAAGGAUUCAUGCCGCUGCUAGAUGAAGUGGUUUGAAGAGGCAGAUGUGACUCAUGUUGUGUAGAACGUGAUGAGACGGCAGAUG